AUGGCGUCGAGGGUUCGCCUGAGCCUCCCCUACGCCGAGGCCGCGGAGCCAGAGCGGCCGCCGCCGGCCCUAACCAGCGACCUCCUCGAGGAGAUCUUCCUGCGCGUCGCCUCCCCUGCGGACCUCGCCCGCGCCUCCGCCGCGUGCGUCGCCUUCCGCCUCCUCAUCGCUGACCACUCCUUCCUGCGCCGGUACCGCUCCUUUCACCCGCCCCUACUCCUUGGAUUAGUUAGCUCCUCUGGUUUCCAACCUGUCGAGGCGCCCCAUCCCUCCACUGUUGUCGCACGUGCUGUCGCGUUUUCCUUCGACUUCCUCCCUCGCACCACCAAAUUGGACCACUGGUAUCUGCGUGAUGUCCGCGACGGCCGCGUCCUUGUCGAUUGCCAUAGGGGGAGAGGCCCCAUCCGGGACCUCGCGGUGUGCGACCCGUUGUCCCGACGAUACCUGCUGCUGCCUCUCAUAACCGAUGACCAACUCGCCUCCGUCGGGCUCCACAAGAGUCUUAUCCUUUCGAGGGCCUCCUUUAUCCCUUCAGGAGGCAUAGAGGAGGAUACAUCAUUCAGUGUGAUCAACUGGAUACAAUCCCAGUCAAGGCUGGGAGUAUUUAUCUUCUCUUCGGGUUCUGGCUGCUGGAGUGUCAGCACGUCUGUCAGUUGGGGCGAUCUAGGUUUGGACCAACUUGAUAUGUUGGAUUCAGGCCAAUGUGCGUAUGACUGCUUCCAUUGGAAAUUAUACGACAUGAGCACGGUGAUCAAGCUCGACAUGAAUAGUAUGCUGUUUUGCACUAUUGACCUCCCGCCUGGCCAUGAUGAACGGGAAAUCGUUGUUGUGGAGUCAGGGGGAAGCAAGGUUGCAAUGUUUAGUCUUCUGAUUCGUGAAGGGACGUCUGUGGAUUAUUAUACGUUUCCGCAAAAUGGCAGUGAGAAGUCCCAUGAGUGGCAUAUGAAGAUUACCAUCCCCUUGCCUGACCAUUAUUAUACUAGUGAAUGCUGCAUUUGUGGUCCAGUUGAAGGAUACAUUUUCAUAGAACUCAUUCCAGAUGAAGAGGAUCCAACAUAUUCAACAUUUUUCUCACUUGACAUUAAGUCUUUUAAUGUUGAGAGGCUCGGUAGGACAAGUUAUAAUUUUCGUACCUAUCCAUAUUUUGGUUUCCCACCAUCUAUGUCACCAAGGAGGAUUGAAUGA